AUGACUAUUGACAACCAAGUUGGACUUGAUGGGCAAAACAUGGUUGCUCCCAUUGAUGGAACCAUUGGAGGUGGUGCUCUUGGAAAUGGAAAUGGGUUAAGUGAGUCGACGCCCCAAUUUGGGAGUGGUCAGCCACUUACAAACCCUUCAAUGCCUGGCGCUUAUCUGAAAGAUGAUGCACCCGUUGUCCCACCAGGGAACACUGAUUCAACCAUUAUGGAUCGGUGGACCCAGUCAGACUUUCUGUGCAAGGGCUGGAUUCUAAGCCGCUUGAUAGACCCAUUGUACAAUGUGUACUGUGAGGCGAAAACCUCCAAGCAACUUUGGUUGGCCUUGGAGAAGAAGUAUAAGUCCGAGGAUGCUGGCUGUCAGAAAUACGCUACGGCGAAAUUUCUCAACUUCAAAAUGGUGGAUUCAAAACCCAUCAUGGAACAAGUUGAAGCCUUGCAAUUGAUUACGCAUGAGAUAGCGGCUGAGGGUAUGUCGAUUUGUGAAAUUUUCACUGUCAAUUCCUUCAUUGAGAAGCUUCCUCCAGGGUGGAUGGACUUCAAAAACUAUCUCACUCACAAGCCUGGUCCAAGUGAAGACAAAGGGAAGUCUCAGGCUCACCUCACAGAAGAUGACUUGUGUGCUGUGGUCACUGAAGUCAACAAUGUUGAGGACAACCCAAGGGAGUGGUGGUACGACACAGGUGCCACUAUCCACAUCUGCAAUGAUAGGGACAUGUUUAGUACCUAUCAGAAAUGCAACAAUGGAGAACGCCUAUUGAUGGGAAACACUGGUUCUUCCAAGAUUGAGGGUCAUGGCAAAGUGGUGCUGAAGAUGACCUCAGGAAAGGAGAUCACUCUCCAAAAUCUGAUUUCUGGUACUCUUAUGAGUAAGGCCGGAUUUGCUACCAAUUUCGAGUCUGACAAGCUUGUGCUCAAGAAACAUGGAGUUUAUUUGGGAAAGGGGUAUGUUAAGGAUGGACUUGUCAAAAUGUGUGUCAUGCCAGUCAUCCGAAACUGA